AUGAUAUUAUCAACGGCCAUAGCUGCCACUAUAGAGUCUACCUGUAAUGGACAUGCUGAGCUCUGCGAGAGGAAAUACUCGAACGUAACAUUCAUAGGCGCUCACGACUCUGCUUUCAUUGGUAACUCACCUAUGACAAACCAAGAUUGGAACGUCACAUCGCAGCUCAACCACGGUACCCGUCUCCUUCAAAGUCAAAUACACAGAAAGGGUAGCGCCUUGCAGCUCUGUCACACCAGUUGUAUUAUAUACGAUGGUGGAUCUGUAUUAGAUUACCUCAAGGAGGUUAAGACCUGGCUUGAUAACAAUCCACGCGAGGUCCUCUCAAUGUUGUUCACGAAUAGCGAGUCUAUUGAUGUUGAAACUAUCAGCAAACCAUUCAAGGAUUCAGGCUUGUUGGAUAUGGCUUAUAUGCCAUCAUCAUCAAAAUUAUCACUUGAACAAUGGCCUAGACUUGGUGAACUCAUAGAGCAGAACCAACGUGUUGUCAUAUUUAUGGAUUAUCAUGCUGAUCACUCUAAAGUCCCUGCGAUUAUUGAUGAAUUCGACAAUAUAUGGGAAGAUCAAUAUAAUGCGGUCAACGCUAGCUGGACUUGCGAGAUGGAUAGAGGCAAUGACCUUAGUUCUAUGUAUAUCCAUAACCAUUUCCUUGAUAAGAAGGACUCUUUCUUAGGAACUGAAUAUUUUACACCCGAUAAAGAUAAAUUAACAACAACAAAUGCAGCUACCGGCGAAGGAUCAUUAGGACAGGCGAUGGUCAAUUGCAUAGAUGCACAUUCAAGGGCACCGAACUUCGUUCUUGUUGAUUAUGAAUCCUAUGGAAACGGUAGCGUUUAUAAGGUAGCUGCAGAAGCCAACUCAGUUGCAUACAACGAUAGAGGAGACAUACAUCCACCUACAGCAGCCGAAAUGGGUGAAAACAAUAGUAGCGCAUCCACAUCAAAAUCAAUCACCUCAAUCACAUCAAUCACAGCGGGAAGCUUUGUAUUUGUAAUAUUAGCAACGCUUUUGACAUAA